GGCCGAAAUUUCGAAAAACGGGUAGUUUUCACAAGUCUUGCCAAGUUUUUGGAGUGCAAGAGCUAAUAGGAAACGAGACCCAUGGAAAAACGAAAGGAAGAUGACAGAUGGAAAAAGCUUGUUGAUAUUUCUCCUCCAUGUCACCGUAAUUUCCACUGUUGACUCCAAGAAAAACAUUUUGCUUAUCAUUGCUGAUGAUGCAGGCUUUGAGUCACAAAUCUACAACAACACAGUAUGCAAGACUCCCAACCUAAACCGCCUAGCCCAACGAAGUGUGAUCUUCCAAAAAGCUUUCACUUCUGUGAGCAGUUGUUCACCAAGCAGGUCUUCCAUAUUGACUGGACUUCCACAGCAUCAAAAUGGCAUGUAUGGCCUUCAGCAUGGUGUCCACCACUUCCACUCCUUUGAUGGAGUGAAGAGUCUGCCUCUGAUCUUAAGGCAGUCUGGGAUAAGAACAGGUAUCAUUGGAAAGAAACAUGUUGCUCCAGAAUCAGUUUAUCCCUUCGAUUUUGAGAGAACAGAAAUGAACAACAGCAUCAACCAGGUGGGGAGGAACAUCACACACAUCAAACUCCUUGUGAGAGAGUUUCUUACUCAGAAGGAUGACAGACCUUUCUUCCUAUACAUUGGUUUCCAUGAUCCACAUCGUUGUGGUCACACUAGUCCCCAGUUUGGACCAUUCUGUGAGAAGUAUGGCAAUGGUCAAGCAGGCAUGGGUGUCAUUCCAGACUGGACUCCUGUCAAGUAUGACCCUGACCAAGUCAUUGUCCCUCCCUUCGUACAAGACACCCCAGCUGCCAGGCAGGACAUAGCUGCCCAGUACACCACCAUUAGUAGGAUGGACCAAGGUAUUGGUCUUAUCAUGAAGGAGCUGACAUCUGCUGGAUUUGGUGAUAACACAUUGGUAAUAUACAGCUCAGAUAAUGGCAUCCCAUUUCCCAAUGGCAGGACCAAUCUGUAUGACUCUGGCAUGACGGAACCCAUGCUGGUGUCUUCACCACAUCAUAGCAGGAGAUGGGGACAGGUUUCAGAGGCAAUGGUCAGCCUGACAGAUAUAGUCCCCACAACACUAGACUGGUAUGGUCUCCAAUACCCAAAUUACAGUAUAUUCCACCACAAAGAAAGGACCCAGCUGACUGGACAGUCUCUGCUCCCGGUGAUGGAGGCUGAACCAAUCAAGGGCUGGGACACAGUGUAUGCUAGUCACAACUUACACGAAGUGACCAUGUAUUAUCCAAUGCGAGUGAUAAGAAAUAGAAACUACAAACUAAUUCAUAAUAUAAAUUACAAGAUGCCUUUUCCGAUAGAUCAGGAUUUUUAUGUUUCUCCAUCAUUUCAAGAUUUAUUAAACAGGACUAGGGUGGGUAAGGAUACCCACUGGUUUAAGUCAUUAAAACAGUAUUACUACAGAGCUGAAUGGGAGCUUUACAACAUUGUGAAUGAUCCAAGAGAGUUGCACAACUUGGCCAAAGAUCCACAGACUUCUUCAGUAUUUAAAGAAAUGAGACAUCAGUUGUCCUGGUGGCAGAACCAGACAGCAGAUCCCUGGAUAUGUGCCCCACACGGUGUGUUAGAAGACAGUGGACAUUAUCAAUCCGCCCCUCAGUGUUUAUCACUGGAUAAUGGACUGUAGACUCAUUAGACUUAACUGGUUUAUUUACAGUCAGCAUUCAUGCCACUGUAUUUAUUGUAUUAUAUUUUAUUAGAACUUUUUUGAACUGUUUUAAGAUAAAUUUUAUAUUACUGAAAUCAAAAGGACUCCUCAGGAUUUUUUUAAACAGAAAACAAGGCAGCAAAGCUGUCAAAUGUACAGACACAAAGCAGAAAAAGAUGUUGCUAGUGCAGAAUGCAGUUUUUAUGUAUACGUAUACAUAUUCAUAUAUAUGUCAAAAUUUAUACUAUUGCAUUUAUUGUAUUAUAUAUUUAUAUCAUAUCAUAAACCCCAUCUUAGCACAAAUUUAAAAGAAACCAUAUACAACUAUUUCAAGAUAACUAAUAGUGACUCAAACUUAUUCUAGGAUUUAUUACAGAUAAAAAAGCAUUUGUAGUUGCAAAAUUUUCAUACUAUGCAAACAUAAAGAGAUUAUUGAAAAUAAAUAUUGACAGAACAGAUCUUUUUACAACAGUCUGUACUGCAAUAUGUACCAUUACACAAUAAUUGUACAACAUUCUUGCUGAAAAAGUGACAAAGAUUGAUGGAAUCUAUUCUGCUACUUUAGUAUGUACAUUUGAGCAAUAUUAUGCUUGAAGACUACAAUAUUAUGCUUGAAGUUUGAAGACUACAUUAACAUGCCACAUGGACUGUACACUGUACGACAAAUGUGUUCACACAGUUGUGUGAAUGGUUUGUUGAUUGCAUUAACUCUCACAGGGGCAACGUCUGGGCAUGGGUUUUGCCAAGUGGCAGGCAUAUGAGUUUCUCCAAUGUUUGUCUUUUAGUCCGGGAUCCCAGAGGGUUGAGUAUGCCCGGAAAGAUCACCAAUUUUCAUGUUCCUGGCAAUGACCUACAUGGUUACCUAUAUAUGAAAAUGGGAGUCUGCCGUGUUUCCGGUGGUGGGUGUGGUCAGGGGGGUCCAAAACAUAGACCCCUCAAAUCCAGCUAGCAGGACUUUUUAGGGGAACCCUAAGAAACCCAUUGGGGGUCCUCCAGCAUGGCCUCAGGUAUUCCAAACGGAUACUGACAGACAAAUUGAGUGGUGGGGUGUGGCCGGCAGACCCUGAUUUAUAGGGGGUGGAAAUCCGGCUAGCAGGACCUAAAAGUUAACCCUUAUAAAAUAACUGGAAAAUGUUCCUUAGAGUCCCAGGGAGGUAAAAUGACCAACGACAGACAAUUUAAGUGGUGGGUAGUGCCCGGCAGACACACCCAAAGAGCCACACCCCUAAUGUACAGCUAGCUUGCCCUAAAAGUUAACCCUUAGAAAAUAACUGGAAAAUGUUCUUUAGAGUCCCAGGAAGAUAAAAUGACCAACGACAGACAAUUUAAGUGGUGGGUAGUGCCCGGCAGACACACCCAAAGAGCCACACCCCUAAUGUACAGCUAGCAUGCCCCAAAAGUUAACCCUGAAAAAAGAACUGGAAAAUGUUCCUUAGAGUCCCAGGAAGAUAAAAUGACCAACGACAGACAAUUUACAUGGUGGGUAGUGGCCGGCAGACACGCCCAAAGAGCCACACCCUAAUGUACAGCUAGCGGUACCAGUAAUGUAACUCUUUCAAAACAAGCUGGACAAUGUUCAGAAGAGUUCUAGGAUAUAGUACUGACCACUGCUAGACAAAUUUAGUGGUGGGUACUACCCAGCAGACACACCCAAAUGCCACACCCCUGAUGGUUAUAGGUGGCUCGUGUGCAAAAGUAUAUCGGCUUUUAAGCAAGCAUUGUAACAUAAAAGAAGAGGACAAUUGCAAAAUCUACACCGUUUGGAUAUUCGUAUCCUUAAGAAAGGUAAGUAUGAAUAACCUAAUUAUUUGUCAAAUCAUUCUAUUUAAUUAUAAUUAAACUUAUACAUCUACUAACCCUGUCGGGGUAGAAGUUUAAAAAGGCCUGAUACAAUGAUCAUAACAUUUUUGUCAAUGUCAGCUUAGUUCAGCUUUGUUUAUGUAAUGUGACACGGGUCAGAGACAAGCCAGCUGAUGAGAAUUCCGAGAAUUUCAGCUUGACCCACUUUGAGUGGUAAUUAAAGAAUCAUCAAACACUUAUCAAGGUUAGAAACAGAAGGGUAGAGGCAAUUCUAGCCCUUAAAACAAUCCAUGUAUUUAUGGAGUCAAAAGUAUUCAUCUAAGAUUACUUUCACAUAAACCAGAUAGCCAAGGAUAUCAGGCAACCAAGGUAAAAAUAUUUUUCUUAUAUUAAAGGCUUAUAUUUAUGAAAACAAGAUUGAAAUUUGCCAACCUCUUUGUAUUGAAAAUGCCACAUGGCUUGAACUUAUCUUGUCCCCAUCGGCAAUUGUUACAUAGAAUUUCUAUAUAACUUAACAUGCAGAUGAACAAGUUAAAAAUGAAUAAAAUAUUGUUAAUUGCAGCAUCAUUAUAUAAAAGUCCAGACAAAAUGUGACAGAAUGUUUCACAUAUUUUUCCAGAUAAAGAAGUUAUAAAUUUCAUAAUGGAAUCUGAAGAAAGAUCUUUAGGUUCUGAAAAUGAAAGCACACAAGAGCUUAUGUUUGGUGCACAACUUAACAUGCCUGUUGAUAGUAAUAUGGAGGUAUGUGUUUUUAGUUUCAUCUUUUCUACAUUAAAUAGUCAAAACAAGUGAUCAUUCAUGAUGUUCAUUAAUGUUAUUAUGAAGAUGUAAACAAACAAUUUGGUAUAAUGUUUUCUAAAAAUUAAUAAUAUCUGUAUUUUUUCAGUAGCAAUAUGUUUUUUUUUUGUUUCUAUAGAAAAUUUUCUUUAUCACAUUUCAGAAAACUGAUGACAUGCAUUCUCAACCGAAAUGCAUUUUUUGUUCUCAAGACAAAGAGGAGGAUGACAAAAUGAAAAUGUCGAAUGACCAGACAUUUUUAAGCAUUGAGAGAGCUGCAAACUCACACAAAGAACGAAAAGCAGACAUUUACCACAGAGUCACACAAAGCAUUUUGGUAAGUCAGGAAACUUCUUUUCCAUAUCACCCAUCAUGCUAUAUACAGCAGUUAAGAGACCCAAAGAACCACUACCCUCUUCGGAGCCUCCCAACAAAACAGCACACAUUGAGACAAGAAGCUUGAGUACAAUGCCAAAAUCAGAUGACCAGGGUCUUCUAAAAGGCACAUGCAUUUUUUGUGGAAAGGCACGUAAAAAGAGAAGGGGAAAAGAAGAAC